UCCUAACGAAGCCCUUUUGGCUAAAGCUUACCGUCUUAGCGUCAAGAUCGCCACUCAAAAUGGCCGCUAAGCCGAGUAAGCUCAAGUGGCCUCAUGUCCUUGCCCUUCUCCUCCUCGCUGGCAUGGUUGGCAUCUCCCAUGCCCGGAACAUGGCCAUGUACUGGGGCCAGAACGGCGAUGACGGUACCCUGGUCGACGCCUGCAACUCUGGCCUCUACGCCUUUGUCAUCCUCUCGUUGCCCAGCACCGUCGGCAGCAGCCAAGCCCAGGUCCUCAAUCUCACCGGCCUCAGCUCCGACAUCCAGGCGUGCCAAUCACUGGAUGUCAAGGUGCUCCUUUCCCUCGGCGGCAGCAACUCUUCCGCCGAUGACGCAAAGAACGUGGCCAACUACCUGUGGGACAACUUCCUGGGCGGCAGCUGCCGGUCUAGCCCUCUCAGCGACGCCGUCCUGGAUGGCAUCAACUUCUACACCGAGAGCGGCAACUCAGCGAACUACGACGACCUGGCCAACUCCCUGUCCCAGCUCAGCGGGCAGGGCCGGAAGAUGUACCUGACGGCGGCGCCGCAUUCCCCGUACCCGGCCGCUGUCAAAAUAGCCAACCUAGACUGGAGUCGGGCUCCAUUUCCGCGCAACCGGCACAACCUUAAGGAGAGCUCUUUAUAUAUGUAUCGUCAGACGACCAACGAUGCCAAGCAGCAGCCCAAGCAGCAGCAGGAUCCUGCACGACUGGCGACACGGUUGGAGAAGGGGUAUUAG